AUGGCGGGGGAGGUCAAGAGAAGUAGCAAGCCAAGCGCCCAAGGCUGUAGUAGUAGUCCCGGAAGGAAAAAAGCACCAGCUCCGGCAGCUGGGAGCUUGAUUUCGGUAGCCACAAAGGCCGGAGCUAUGCACCAUCAAAUAGCAGAGGCUAGUCCAGCAAGCGGGCCACUGCAUUCACCUUCACCUAGGUUCAACUCUCAUCCAGGUGCGGUGGACGUGGCAUCAUCGGAAGAAGAGAGUGUUGCCGAACUUGCCGAUGUCAGCGAGGGAGAAUGCUCAUCAGUCGAUGAAGAGCUGGUCCGGAGACGACGAAAUAGACGCCAGGAUCAAGUUUUGGACGAUGCAGACAUCUGCAUCCCUCCCAGUCCGAGGGGCAGCACCCCUAACAGUACUGGCAGCAAACUUGACAGCAACAAUUCCACCCCACUCCCUCCUUUGGCAGUCAAGUGCGCCCGCUUCUCCGAUGCGGAAUCCUUGACAGAAGAUCAUCCCACAACUGCUGCCAACCAUGACAUGAGUCCGCCUCUGUCCUCUUCACCACAACCUCUGCCAGAUAUACCGACGCUCAAGACUGCUGCUUCUAGUGAGACCCAAGAUGUACCCAAAGAUACAGCAGCUGCUGGUGCAAGUCCAGCUUCCAACACAGGCAGCUUUGUUGUGCCUUCUCAUUCGCACGAAGAAGCGGACAGUGAUUUGGAUCAUGCUCCGACCUCUUUACCAAGAUUCAAGGAUCCAAGAACCUGCAUGUGGACCUCUUCUCAUGCGGCCAAUUCUCCUUCCGAAGAUCGAUCAGCUUCCUUGGUCAAUGUCUUACUACAGCCACUACCACCGAAUUUUGAUGAGGAAACUCAAUUGCCCGAAAUGGAAAAGGAAUACUCUUCCUUGAUAAGACUCAACUUGUGGGCCGUCAUUGAUGGACACGGGGGUGGCUGUGUGGCGACCUAUGCUUCGGAAGUACUGCUUCCACAUAUUGCUGCUUCCAUUUCUCGUGCAUUGGGCUGUGCCAUUGUCAGUCGGGGGGUCUGCCUGGUGAAUGGACAAUUGCGAGAUGCCAAUGCACUCGAUUUGGAUGGUCUCAUCAAGACUUCGGACAGAUCACCGGCCAAUCCCAAUUCUAUCCAUUAUCGAUCGCCCUACGAAGCCAGUGACAGCGACGAGGAAGGAGAGAAUGCGGGACAUUUGUCCCAAGUCCGACCGGAUGAUGAGGAAGCGACCCAAAAUUCCAAAGAACAAUUGUCAGCUGCUACGGCCAGUGCGAUUGCACCUCCAAUGGUGCCACGAUCACCAAAGGAGGUACCACCAGUAUCUUCCAUUGCUCCUUCGGUAUCGUCUGCCAAGACUUCAGUCAAGACGGCAGCCUCUCCAGCAGCCAGGCAUGCACCAACUGGAACACAUUCUCCCAGUGAAGUUGCCGCAAUUACGCGUGCCAUUACGGAAUCGUUUUUGGCGGUGGACGAAGGGUGGAUCAAUUCCAUUGAUCCUGUGGCGACUCACCAGACAUCUUGUCAGAGCAAUGGAAGAUGGAAUUCAGGUGCCUGUGCCUUGACAGUCUUUUCUGUGCAACGCCUUGAAUGGACCGAUGUGACGGAAGAACAUCCGGAUCGAGGGUUGCAUGGAUUGUCCAAGGACAUGGGGCACGAUACGUCCCACAACAAGGAUGCGGCGAGACGAAGAAUGCUGGAUUAUGCCACCCGUGCCAAGAGUGCAAGUUCGAUGAGCACCAUUUCGUCCACCUCCUCCCUGACAACUGCGGACGAUCGAGUCAAUACUUCUGGCUUGGAAUCGGAAAUUACGGAAACAGAAGGAGAAGAUGAAGAUGGCUCCAAAGGUGAAGAUAAUUCCAGAAGACGAAAUUCCCAUCGACGAUUGCACCGGAAAAGUUUGCAACAGGAUUCGUUUAUUACUGCACCAGGAGGAGAUUCCAGCCAUUACUAUCGAGCCUUGGAUGCUAUGCUUUACACGGCUCAUGUGGGAGAUUGUCGGGCUGUCAUGUUGGGAUCGGCGCCACCGCGAACCAUCAAGGUUCAUGGGUCGGCACCCGGACAUACCGAGGCUACAGAUGACGAGUCGAGUCACCACAGUUCUGAUGAAACAGAGUGCUUGAGUAGUUCAGACCACGAUGCGGACAGCAGUGACGACGAAGUCAUGGAUAUCCAAGGACAGCCGACCUCUGCCACGACUCCUUCUUACAUGGCAUACAUGCGAAAACCAGCACGGAGGCAGUCACGUCGGCGGGCCAAGGACGAUUUGGGGACCAAUGCACCCUUCAUUGCCCUACCCCCCUUGGAGGAUUUCCGAUCCGUCGAAAUUGAAAUUGGCAGCGAUGGGGACCUUCAAGGAAAGACUCAAAUAAAUGGUGGCAAACAUCAUUCAGAUGCUUCGGCAUCAGCGUCAUCGUCUUCAUCGCAGGACACUCAGGACAACAAUUCCAUUAUUCACCUGUCACCCGUAACUCGACCCAUCGAUUUGACAACGGACCACUCUGCUUACAACCCAGCUGAAGUGACAGGGGUUCUACGACGAUGCAAUAAUGCCCCUCGAGCCAUAUCAGCUGGCGUGGGUGGAGGAAUCAAGCGCGUCGCUGGAAGUCUAGCUGUGACUCGAGCACUCGGGGAUGCCUACCUCAAGACUCCAAAGCUUUCCUUUUUUCCGUACAAACGCCAUGCACCGUACAUUACAGCUCGGCCUGAAGUGAACUGUCGUCCAAUUGUCAAAGAUGGGGAUAAGCUGCUGGUCCUUGCUACAGAUGGCGUCUGGGAACGCGCAAGUGGGGAAGACGUCCUCAAGUGGGUGAGAAACUUCUAUGCCGAGCGAAUUGCCAGACAGGAGCGACAUCAAAACCGCAGGCAAAACCUUACGGAACGUGGUUCCAAUGAUGGCAGUGCCAAUGGAAAGAGAGAUGAUGACAGUGACGAGCGCCCCAAUGGAACCGAAGUGGUUGGAUCAAAACGAGAAAUGCCCCGAAGUCCAAGUCCUCCGGCCAAGCGUCGAAAAAUUGGCAUUGGCGGCCGCCCCAAUCGUCGAGGUAACACUCCCUUUGGAUCGCAACGGAACUCCAAUGUUUCUGAUGUCAUUGUACGCCGUGUGCUGAACAAAGUGCGACGAACCCGAAACAUUUCCAGUUUGCAUGCGCUCAUGUCGCUUCCACCAGGCAGAGCCCGGCGAUCCAAGCACGACGAUAUUACCGCUUGCGUGGUGGACUUGUCUGCCUUCGUCCUUUAA